GCAGGAGGUUGGACUAGGUGAUCUUCAGAGGUCCCUGCCAACCUCGGCCAUUCUGUGAGAGAGGCUCCUUAGUCAGGAGCCGCACUUUAGCACCCACACGUAGGAGGGUAACCAGUUCUGCAUCUAACCUGCUCUCUGUUUCCCAAAAUCAGACGAUCCUUGUGGAAAAGCAAGCAGAUCGGGAUGGGAUGUAUCACACUUCCCUUCUCCUUCCAGUGGCCACCCGGCCUUCAGCCCUUGCUUUUUGAAUCCUGAGGGGUCUCUGUACAGAGCGACCCUCUGCACCCUGCACCUCUGAGCUCUCCAGUCUUGCCUCGAAGCACUGCCAAGCAUUACCCUGUAGCGUACCCUGUGCAAGAGAUUCUGCAGCUCUGGUGUGCCUUGUGCCGGGCAGCACCUUGCUGUCCUGGUGAACCUGGCUCUUGAGGCCACACUUGUUGCCUGCCAGUUCUUGCCUUGGAAAACACAGCAGUAGAAAAAUGGAUGAUGAUGAUGAUGACGUUCCCCAGCUUUCAGCCCAUACGUUGGCUGCCCUCCAGGAGUUCUAUUUGGAACAGCAGCAGAGGGAGGGCACGAAGACCUCCCAAGGGUUUAAUCAAUAUUCUGUUGGCUCGAUAGAAGAAAACUGGCAACUGAGCCAGUUUUGGUACAGCGAUGAAACUGCAUCAUGCCUGGCUAAUGAAGCGAUUGUGGCAGCUGGAAAAGGUGGCAGGAUAGCCUGUGUUAGUGCACCAAGCGUGUAUCAGAAACUGAAGGAACAAGAUGACAAAGAUUUUUCAGUGGUUAUUCUGGAGUACGACAGAAGGUUUUCUGUAUAUGGAGAAGAAUUUAUCUUCUAUGAUUACAACAACCCUUUGAACUUACCGGAAAACCUCCUGCCACACAGUUUUGACAUUGUAAUAGCAGAUCCACCCUAUCUGUCUGAGGAGUGUCUUCAAAAAACUGCAGAGACCAUCAGAUACUUAACAAAAGGAAAGAUUCUGCUUUGCACAGGUGCAAUCAUGGAGGAACAGGCAGCAAAGCAUCUAGGUGUGAAGAUAUGCAAGUUUAUUCCAAAACACUCUCGAAAUUUAGCUAAUGAAUUUCGAUGUUACGUGAACUAUGCUUCUGGACUGGACUGAUUCUCACAGGAAGAUCUGUAACUUUUUCACUCAAGUUCCUUUGUAUGUUUUUCUCAGUGACUCCACGUUUCUUCAUGCUGAAACGUUCAGCUCCAGGGGAUAUUUUCUGGGCUAAAUUUAAUCAACACAGGGUGAUAGUCUCUCUCGGUGUAAGCAUUUGCAAAUAUUGUGUUUUUAUCUUACCUGGUAGGUAAAUGGGGACCAAACAAUGUAGGUGCUGGGCAACAGGAACUUCUGUGUUAGAGUUUCAUUCCAACCACAAGUUUCUUCCAUUCAGGGACUUUUCAGUGACACCUCUGAAGUGAUUUUAGCUGGUUGACUUGUAACACCACGCAAGUGCUUUCCUCACGGACAUCAGAAUUGUCAUCUGCAUCAUAACUGAUGACUUAGUAGCUAGUGGAUGAUUGAAAGAGCAUGAAUAUUGGUCUCCUUUCACCUUGAGACAUGUUUGUUCUCAACGUGUCAUGUGUUUUCAGAUUCAUUGUCCAGCAGGCUGAUAUUUUUAUAAAGGAUAACUAAAGAGAAAGCAGGUCUCCUUCUGGGGAGGCCUCUCCAGUUGCUUUUAAUAAUCAGAACUACUUAAGAGCUGCCAAGUAAGAUAAGACCUACUAUCUGUUAUUGUUCCCAGACUGGCUUUUUAUAAAAAUGUGGUGGUUGUUUCACCUUUUCUAGAGCUUUGUCACAAACCUAAUCUUUCUUUUUGUAAAAGAUAAGAUCUACUUUGUCAUCAAUUAUCACCAUAUAAACUUGUGUGUGUA